CUUCCCCUCCCUCUCCUCUCCUCUCCCCCUUGCCCCCCAUCCACUUCAUCAAGUCUCGUCCUCUUUCCCCGCAGCGUUGUAGCUGGCAGCGCGUUAUCCAAGUACUUGGGCCCACGCGCCUUGGCUGCUGAGGUUCGAUGCCAGCUCGGCCAGACAAGGCAGUCACUGGCUAGCAUGCAUCGACGAGAGAUCUUGGGUAGAUUUGGGCUCAAAACAAGGAGCGAUGCCGCACGGUCGAUUUCAUCCAAAGUGCCCCAUGCCAGCAGUUCAGACGGACGGCACCAGCCUCAUCCAGGAGGAGAACCAGAGGCAAACCUGCAUUAAGUAGGAGUAGUAGUCGAACCCUCGUCAGGUCGUGCUGUAGUCCGGUCCUCUUUACCUUGGCUUGCCUCUGCUUAAUUUGGAACCCAUCCCCAUCCCCAUCCCCAUCCCCAUCCAUACCCCAACCCAUACCUAUCCCAUAUCCGACGUCCUUGUCCCCCCGAACCCCACGAUCUCCAUUUUCCUCUUCCCUCUCCCAUCCUGGAUCAUCGCACCAGCAGCAAGUUCGGGCAGCACCAACAGCCGAGUUGAUAUACUCUAGUGCCAGAGCCGUGAGAUAUAGUUUCGUCAGUAGCGCUGACCUGACUCCGGGCCAAGGGCUCCAUCCAAGUUCAACUGCGACUCGGAAUCAGAGCGCGGCACAGCCGUGGUUCGUGCCACCAGCCUUUCUCCCGCAGGAACAGGAAAGGAACUCUCUUACUGCCUGCCAGGAGCCCAAGCAAAACCCAGCAAAUACCUUACCUAGGAACAAGCCCAGGCCCUUGCCGACGCCGACCUACCUUACAUACUACAUACUACAUACCUCACUACAUCUUCCGACACCCCGUUUCCCCCCUUCCCCCCUAUCACCUAUCCCCCUUAUCCAUAUUCCCGGACCUGCUGCCGACGCUGUUUCGUGCAUCAUCCGCUCCGCAAGGCCCCUUGCCCUUCCUCCGACGGCGCCGCUUCCGAUCGCACUAGGAGCACCGUUCGCCUUCCUCGACUGAGCUCGCGUCUACCAGAUCGCCCGUUGCACCUUUGCUACCCGAUGGCGGGGCGCCUGAGAGCCAUCUCUACUCCCAUCUGAGCCCGCUUCCAUUCCAGACCCCUUCUCCACCAUGACGCGACCCAAGGUUCCCGACGACAAGCGCCAGCGUACUGCUCAGGCCUGUGACUCUUGCAAACGCCGGAAGCAAAAGUGCAAUGGCGUGAAACCUUGCCAGACCUGCCUCAGAAGAAAACUCACCUGCUCGUACACGCCCAACAACGCUUCGGAUUAUGGACCGGGUGAGUCUGCUGGGUCACCGACGAAGCGUCGACACAUUGAGACGUCGCCUCCCUCCAUCUCCGCCACACUCGAGAAGGCCAACAACAGCUCGCCCCAGGCCCGCGAGGUGAUGCAGUCUUGGGAUGAGGCGCUGGCCGCCCAGGCAAGCCAGGCCUCGAUAGGCGGAUCAGCACUAUCGUCGCCGACAGCACCGUUACCGCCGCCUCUAGCAGGCCGAGGGCAUGUGAAGAAGGUCUCGAUUCACGGGACGAAGAAGCUGCCAAGCCGCAGCAACACGGGCAACACCAGCGGCUACGCUGAGGAGACCAACAUAUACACCGAGACGAGAAUGUUGCAAGACCAGUCAAGACGGCUUCUCUACAUUGGAGAUGCCUCGACACUGUCCAUCCUGCAGCUGAUCCGGAUUAUUGUCGAAAGCACAUCGGGGACAGAGAUGGGGUCUCCUUUUAUCGACGAUCCUAAGAGGCAUCGCAUUCAGGAAACCAUCAUUGACUUUCCUGAGAACACACGGGUACCGACCCUGUUGCCGGACCAGGAAACAACCCAUGUUCUCAUAGCUUCCUAUUUUACAAAUACCUGCGGGAUCGUGGAGGUGUUUGACAGAAAACAGUUUAUGCAGUCGGUGGAGGCUUGCUAUCGGGACCCACCAUCGGCCAACAACUACUUCUUGUGUCACCUCUUCUUGGUGCUGGCUCUUGGUCUCCUCUUUGCUGCGCCUACCCCAGGUAGCCGGGAAGAGCAUGUCAUCAACAAGCAGCUCUCUGCAAGGCCAGACAGGGCAGAGUUGUACUUUAGGAGCGCUCGAACGAUGUGUGAUCCCGGUGCUGGGUUUGAGGACGCUGACUUUUGGUCGGUUCAGGCGCUGUCGUUGAUGACACUCUACAUGUUGACUAUCCCCAAGAGGAACACGGCGUAUGCUUAUCUCGGGAUGGCUGUUCGGUCAGCGUAUGCUUUGGGCCUGCAUAGAGAGGAGACGUUGAGGGAUGUCAUCUUUACGCCGGGAGAGAUGAAAGUCAGGCGGAACUUGUGGAAGACACUGUUCAUCUUGGAUCGAUUCUUGGCGGCAACCUUGGGCAGGCCCACCGCCAUCUCGGGCCACGACUGCUCGAUGAAUAUCUUCUCGGAUGAUGAUGCCGUCAACUCUAUGGAGAUCACUGGGGAGUUUGACCCGGUUCACGCCAAGAGCUUGCAUGCUUGUGUCGAGACCUGUCGGAUUAUUGGCGACACGUUGAGGGUCUUUUCUUCGCGCAAGAUUUCCACCACGAAGGUGCAGGAGAUCAUCAACGACAUGUCUAUGGACUGGGAAGAUGAUUUACAAGCUGCCCUGCAACGCCGUCUAUCAAACGCUGGUCCUGCUCGAAGCCCGGCGCAUGGCAUGGCAUCCUUACAUGUCAACCUUCUGGCACUCCAUUCACUGAUCCUUCUUACCAGGCAGCUCUUUGUUAUGCACAACUGGAUGCUUGUCGAGCAGCGGUCUGGGAAGAAGAAGCCCUCACCAAUUCACGAGUCGCCCAUGGCGAGGUUCUCAGAGGCCUGCGUCCUGGCUUCCUACCAAACGAUUCAGCUUGUCCAGCAAGCUCGAGAAGAACAACAGCUCCCUCGAAGGAACCCUUUUGUCAUAUACUUUGUCUUCGCCGCCAGCCUCGUCAUCCUGAUGAACCAAUUCUCGUGCCUCUACUACACAAACGCCUACGACAAAACCAUCCGCGACGCAGUCGAUUUCAUGGAAUACUGCACCAAACUCGACCCCCAAGCCGAGCGUGUCCUCGACAUCAUCACCCGCUUCGCAAAAGUAGUAGACAAAUGGACAAAAAAAAACAAAUACGACGCCCCCCCCUUAUCGGAAGACCUCUCCUUCCUCUACAGCCACCCGUCCAGUCCCCAACCCGAGCCUGCCAAUACCCUGUCGGGAGGACCAGUAGUGGCAAGUCCCCUCCAGGAAACCACCACCCACCCCGACCCAUCCCAUCCCAGUUAUCCCCCCCAACACCACCGCUUCAACGACCCCGGCCUGUUGACUCCCCCCCAAAUAACCUCCUCCAAAAUGCCCCUGUCUGACAUCCUCGCCCCCACAACCCAACAGGACACCCGCAUGAACGGCAUGUCAUCCCUCCUCCCACAACAACAACAACAACAACAACAACAACAACCGCCACCACACCAACAACAAACCCAAAACGACUCCCCUGGUUAUAACAGAGAGAUCGAAUUCGACUUUGACAACCUCUGGAACAACUGGCUCAACCUCCCCCAACCAGCCAUCGUCCCUCCCACUCCCACCGCGGGCAUAUCACCCCUCACCGGGCCACCGCAAUUCUCCCCCGUUGCGGCGGCAGCCCAGCCGGAGUCUUUUCCCGUGUUUGGAGCAACGCCGCAUAACAGGGGUCCGAUUAGGCAAGGGCAGCAGUGGUUCGUGAGGAGUCCUUGAAAACCAACGCUCCGAUGAAGAGUGAUGGAGGGACAGACCAACAACACUAGUAUAACCCCACAUGGGACCGCAGAGACUGAGAAAAUUGGUUCCACAAGGAUGGGAAAGAAAUGAAGAUGUCGAGAGUGGGAAGAAGAGCAGACAACCCCGAGAAACAAAGAUAAUGUCUACUGGUUUUUUUUUUUUUUUUUUUUGGUCUUUUUUGGUUUUCUUAUACCUAAAAUAAGCCUGGCGUCGAAUCGACCUUUGUGUAUAUCACCUCUCAACCUUUCGACUCACAUCCUCGUCAAUGACAGACACUCGAGCAAGAGAAGAAGAUCGCAGUGUCAGUCAGACCAUCCAGCAUUCGCCACCGACCUGUGGACCAACAGCAUGGUCCCCGCUUGAAGGACGGAAAAGAGCAACAGGUCAGGCAUGACCAUCAUGUAGCGCGAGCUAUCGAGAGCACAAUCUGAAUUGCUUCAACAAAAUAAUCUACAUCUGCCAACCAGUCUACCAACCCAAACGCCAUCGCCCGAAAUGCCAGUCGAUCAAAACACACACACACACACCCACACCCACACACAUUUAUAUAUAUAUAUAUAUACAAUCGCUGCUACCCCCAACUCAACCCUUCAACACCUCCCCAGAAUAAAAUCAUACCCCAACUCCCACCUCGCCCCCGGAUCCCCCUCCCUCGGCUCAAACCUGACAACCAACUCAUCCUUGACAGCAAAAACAGCAUCAUCAUCCACCCACCGAUCCCGGCUGUCAUACAACUGCGUCGUCAAAGCCCUAUGCCCCUCGGCGCUAACAAUGAAAUGGAUAUGUCCCGGCCGGUUCGGGUGCCGAUCCAACAACCCGAGCAACCUCCCGGCCGGCCCGUCAUCCGGGAUGGGAUACGGCACCGGUCUCAGCGCGUACAGCGCGUACCUCCCCUGCUGGUCAGUCCUGAACCUCCCGCGGAAAUUCAUCUCUGGCUGGUCAGAAUCCUGCUGCUCGUACAGCCCGUUCGGCGCAGUGUGCCAGACAUCUACGACGGCGUUUUCGAUCGGCUUGCCGUCUGUGGAGAGGACCUUGCCGGAUAAAAAGGCCGAGUCCUCUAGGGCUUUCUCGUACCACGAAACCGAAGGGGAAAGGCCCUGGACGAUGGAGGUGCCGUUUGGGAGGAAGGGGGCGUCGCUGCGGUAGAAGGGGCCGAGGAUGGCGGAGGGGGUUUGGGUGGUGGAUGUGGCGAGCUGUUUGCUGGUGAUCUCGUCGACGAGGGAUUCUAGGCCGAGGAUGUCGCAAAGGAGUUGGGUUUCGUUGCGGCGGUCGGAGGACAUUUUGCCGCAGUCGUUCAGCUGUGGUGGUGGUGGUGGCGGUGUUAGUGAAAGGGUGGGAUUGGGGGAGGCGGGGUAACCAUACAAAGUCGACGGCGGCGCUCCAUUCUCCUACUGUGAGAUUGACUUCGCGGGCAAAGUCGUGGAGGUGGCGGACUAGACUUGGGAAUAUCUGGGCGAGUCUGGGGUUGGCGUUGGGGCCGGUGGCGGCGAUGACCUUUUGGGUGAAGGUUGGGUCGUGUUGGCACUUCUUGCCGGCGGUGUUUAUGCCGUUGGAGGUACCGUUUGGCUUGAUCUUGGUGGUCGUUGCCCUGCUGGUAGCGGCGAGGUCUGGAAUCAUUUGCCCCAUGGUGGUGGUAGAUGGCUCUGUGCUUGUUCAAGGUUGUGCUGUUGUGUGCUGGGGGAUGUGUGGUCAAGUCGAGGACUGGGAGACAAGGAAAUUCAACGAUGGCAAGGGAGUUGAGGUAAAAGAAGGAAAGGCAGUGGAUCGGGGGCGACGUGGGCCCGAUAUAUACUCCCUCACAACCGUCGGUGAGAGAGAGGUGUGUACUCUUGUUUCCCCCGUCAUCGCACGUCACACUGUGCCUCUUCGGACUACGCAGCGUACUUACACGUCAGGGGGGGCGUCACGCAAAGAAGUACCGGGUUGUCACUAUCUCCCUUGGAAUUUGGGCACGCUCAACAACAGUCCAUCGGGACGAAAUGCUCCUUUCCUUCCCGUUGACCGCCGUGUGGACACUUGGCCCCUGAGCCCUCGGCCGUAUCAGAUCAUGGCUGCUCCUCCCCUCCCAUGACAAGAAUGGCCUUAUUUUCUUUUUGGAGAUUGUGUCUUCUCCUACCAAGAAAAAAAAAAGGAGUUGGUACCCGUUUCAACGAGCGGUGAAAAGACCAUCAAGGUCUCGAUGCGGGAACGAACGGGAGUGUGGAACCAAGACAUGGCAAGCCAAAAAAAAGCAAGACAUGAAGACUUGAUUCUAACGGGCGCCAAGGGCACUGACUGACUGACUGACUGCCUCAUCUACCUACUAGCCAGAAACCACAAGCUGGCAGCUCAUCACCCCGUGAGUUUCCGAUGACAGCAGUCAGUCAGUCGGUCAGUCAGUCAGUCAGUCAGUCAGUCAGUCCUUUUAAGACUGAUAUAGCCGUCCAAGGUGUCAAAACCUGAUGUUCCACAAGACGGCCUGUCACGGCUGUCUGUGUGUGUGUGUGUGAUACCCUUCCAAAACUGACACCAUUUUCCCUGGCCGCCUGCAUCAAACAGGGCUGGGCUGACAGACAACGUGGCUUCACACACCACACGGAACAAAUGCCGGAGGGGUAUAUGUAUGUCGUGUGGUGAUCAACCCCGGCAGAUUCGGAGCGUAUCACACACACACACACACACACAUACAUCGAGAACAGACAAAAAAAAGGAGAGUGCCGUAUGCAUGGGUCAAACAUGAGAAAAAGAAAAGAAAAGAAAAGAGACGGGCUCACCGUCCUGCAUGGCGUGUCAACUGUCAAGCUAGGCUGAUCGUCUAUUGUUCUGGAAAAAGAUGAGCCACUCAAGGACCGAUUUGGCUUGUGGGGCUGUUACUACUACCACCACUUACACUCACCACCUCUUUCGGUGCUGGAUCUCUUCAUCAUCAUCAUCAUCAUCAUCAUCAUCAUCACCAACUUGCAUGGCCGACGAACUCACUCGAACAUCAAGUCCAAGGCAAAAGCAACCCAAGAAAAAAAGAACACCGCCAGAAGCCCAUCAAAGGGUUGCAUUUUCCCUUCCUUGACAAGCCGACCCAGCCUCUCGGCGGCGGCUCGGACCCGGUGCGCCGGACCAUCAUCCUACACCCCCCUUGUCAGCAACCACCGAAAGACGGAGAUAGUCUCCCGUUUUGAACGCAACUGCCGGUGAAAGUACGAUUGUUGGGGAGAGCAGGGACAAGGGGGUUAGGGUCGAGGAAAACGGCCUCGCAUGCCGCCACACCGAGUCGGCUUUGCGGGCAAAGUGAGUGAAAGGAAGAAUCCGGAACGCGGCAUGCGGCUCAAAUAUUUGACAUCUGUGAGGUUCAAAAAAGGGAGAGACAGGAAACUCGGUGAUGGUCCAAUAGGGAGCAGGCCCCAGUCACGGCACGGACUUGAUGCCGGAGGGUGUGCUUGGCACAUAGGUACGGAGAGAGGCGGGUACAGACGCUUGUGUUUGUCAGGCAGGGGGGAGGUUGAAUCUGUCCUGCGUUGGGCGGUCAGUAUUGUCGACUGGAUCGACGGAAAUGCUAUAAAAGUCGAAGAGAAAAGUUUGAUGGGGGAUGGAAAAAUAACAUUCUGUGUUGGCAUACAUGGC